AUGCAGUCUAAUGUAUAUGUCAACGAUAUUAAAAAACAUAAAACAUGGAUAACUAGCUUUAAAAAGGAGGUUCAUGAGAAAAAAGAAAAAAAUAAGUUCCCUAAUGGAGAAUUCAAAUUCAAGCCACCUAAAAGUAUUGAAGAUUAGCUUGAUGAAUUAUCAGUAUAGUAGAUUUAUAUAAAUAGUAAUUAUGUUAGGCUUGUCAUUAUGAUAAAAAAAUUACUAUUAAAGGAUAUAAGGGUAAUUUCAAAUUGGAACAUUGGAAAAUGAUUGAAUUAAGGUUAAGAGGAGAUUAUUCAAUUUAAUAAAUUAGAAUUAUAGACACAAAGCUUGAGGAAGAUAAUUUGAUGAUUUUACCUUUAUGGUUUAGUUGGGUUAAAACAAAGAAUUUGAUUAUAGAAUUCUAACAUAAUGAAUUAGAUGAUUAAAGUGUUGAAAAUUUCAUUUUUCAAUUAUUUGAAAGAAAUAUCAAUCUAGAAAAAGUAAUACGUUAAUCAACUAAUUUAGCUCUUUAUAAUUAGUAAUCCUGGUGUUUAUAAAGGAUUUUUAUUAAGAAAAUUGAAACAUUACUUAAUUAAGAAAUAUGAAGAAAAUCCAGAUUUCUAUUAUCUAUUAUUGAAGAACAAAAUAAAAUAUUCAUUGGCAAUAAUAAAAAUAUAAAGAUUAUGGUAAGUCUAGAAAAUUAGAGAAGAAAAGGAGAUAGCUAUGAAAAAAAUUGAUUAAACCUUUUAUUUUAGUUUCCAUUUAUCUAAUUGUUUUAAUUAAAUUAAUUGGAAGGGAUUUGAACAUUUAAUAUAAUGUACUUACAAUUUAGAAACGUUGGAAUAAAUUUCAUAAUUGGAUAUAUCAGACAAUUUCUUGGGAACUUAAAGUAGUUUCAACAUACUUUGUUAGAAUUUAGCUACUGCCAAGGGACUAAUUUCUUUAAAGUUAAGAAAUUAACCUUUAUUUCAUAAUACCAAUGCAAUAUAUUCACUUAUUGGAGAUAGAUAUGAUAGUUUUAGAGUGAAUCAUUUAGAUAUAUCUGAGAAUUCAAAUAUUUUUGAAAAAGCCUUUUAAUUAUUAGCUGAUAAUAUUUUCUUGAAAUGUAAAUCGAUUAAUUUAAAUAAUUCACUUACAGAGAAUAAUAGUACUCUGUAUAAAAUAUCUGUUUUGACAUAAGCUUAUGAGAAAUAGAAUGAAUAAUUUUAAUAAUAAAAAUAAUAAGAAAAAGGAGUUUUAGGUAUUAAUUCAUAAUUAAUUAAGGCAAAUAUAGAUACAAACAUAAUUUAUAAUCAUUAGAUUUAUCAAAAGUAGAAAAUUUUAAUAGAUAUGAUUAAAUAGAGAUUUUGUUAAAGGUCAUGAUAUUCUCUGAACAUAGUAAUGUUAGAACACAUAGUAUUUAUUAUUUAAUAAUAUUUAGCUAUUUAGAAUUUAGAUAUUGGAAGAGCUGAAAUAUAUUGUAAAGCUCUAAAUCAAUUUUUAUCAGAAUUUAAUGUAAAAAAAACAAAAUAAAAGAAUCUUCAAAAUUUUAAGUUAACAUUAAAACAUUUAGUUAUGUUAGAUUCUGAACCUGAAUAUAAUAUGAAUGUUGAAGUUCUGAAAUAGUUUUUUCUAGAUUAUUUAUUUACAAAAGACAAUUCUGUAUUAGAAAUAGAAAGUUUUAGAUUUGUAAAAAGUUUUACAAAGUAAAAUAGAAAAGAAGCAUUAAAAUUGGCUGCUGCCUAUAUCUUAGAGUCAAUUCAUAAAAAUCCUAAGAUUAAAUAUUCCUUAAGUUGUCUUAAGUUUUUUUCAUCCUGUGUUGAAUUGGAUGUUUAAACAUUUAAAUGUUUUUUAUUAACUUAAAAUAUAAGACUAAGAACAUUUAAAUAUUUCAAAGAUGAAAUGAAAGUAAUUAUAAUAUAUAUAUAUAUAGGGUGAAGGAAGUGUUUAUUUGAAUUAAAUUUAAAAUUUCUUAAAUGAAAUGCCAGAGACUUUUGUACAUAGUUUACAAAUCUUAAAAUUAGAUACAAUAACAAAUAUUUCAUUUGAUGUAGGAAAAUUGAUAAGUUUGAUGAUAUACUCUCCUAAAAUUUAAUUGAAGGAGUUUCACUUUUAUAAAAUAAAACUAACAAAAUCUUCUUUAACUUUAAGAGAAUUAGAUUUGAUUGUUUAAAACCUUACUGAUUAUAAUAGAAUAUUAGGAUUAAGAUUAUUAAAAUUUGGAGAUUUAUAAGGUACUGGAGAAGAGGAGUUUUUUAAAUAUAUAGUAUUUAGUCGUUUUAUAAGAUUGAAGAAUUUAACAAUAAAAACAGUUAAUUUUAAUAAUCUUAUUGAAAAUCUGUAAGCUACUAUAAUACCAAGAAAUAUUAAUCCUUUAGAGGAAUUAAAUUAUUUAGAAUUUGAAGAAUUUUAAGUUUAAACAAAAGAAUUAUGGAAUCGAUUAGCUUAAAUUUUCAUUUUUUAAAAUAAAAGAUUAAAAUCUCUUAUUUUCAAUUCUUUAAAUUUGGAUUAUAAUUUUACUUUAGGUAUGACAUCAAUGUCAGCUUUAUUUAUUUAAAAUACAAAAUCAUAAUAAGAUUCUGAAUAAGUUCCAUUAUUAACACUUACUGAACUUAGAUUUAUAGAUUGCAAUUUAAGUAAUGAUUUUUUAUCAUUUUUCUUUCCUAUCAGUUAAGUUGAGAAACUUGAAAUCAUAAGAUGCAAGAAUUUAACUUAAGCUAUGAUGAAAGUUAGAGAAAAUUACAUUGAAGAAAUUAAUUAAUUUACAUUAAAAUUAUUUACUAUGAAAGAUUGUUCAAUAUCAGAUAUUAAUUUAUUUGAAUGGAUAGUUGAAAAUUUAAUUUUGAAUUUUGAUAGAUAACUUUUAGAGACAUUAAAUUUAGAUAAUUGUAAUUUAACUAAUGAUAUGAUUAAUCCAAUAUGUAAGUAAUUACAAUUAAUUGCAAGUAAGAUUCUAGAAUAUAAAAGAAUCUUUUCAUUAAGAUAAAUUAAUUUAUCAAAUAAUCCAGAUAUUUCAGAAACUUAAUGGAUAAAUGUAAUUUAAAUAUUUAAAUUAGAUAUUUAAUUCUAUUCUGCAUCUAAAUUAACCUCUAUAGCUUGAAAAGGUUCUUUAAAGUACUCGUUAAGACGAUAUUAUAUAAUUAAUUAAUGAGAAUUCUUAAUUUGUUACAUAAUCAUUACUUGGUUUAAAGUCAAAAUUGUAUUAUAACUAAUAACUUUUUAAGCCUAGAUUUCCUUUAUAAUUGUAAUAAUUAGAUAUAGAUUUGGAAUUUCAAAAUAUUAUUCAUAAAAAUAAUAAUAGUUAAUCUUAAUUAGAUUAUCUUGAAAUGAAAAGUUAAAUUUAUUAAAGAAUUAUAACAGGAUUAAUAUUAUUUCCAAAUAGUGAAUUAAGAAAAUUAAAAUUAUCUCAUUUAGAUUUAGAUUUAUUUAUGGUUUGUUGCAAAAAAUCAAUUGAUUUUUUUUAGAAAUAUUUGGAAUCAAAACUUGAUAAUACAUUAAGAAUUUAAUUUAUUAAAUUAGAAAAUAUACAUAUUAAUUAAGUUACUACAUAAAGUAGAUAAAGUAUUGAAUAAUUCUUUAGUUUAUUUCUUUGUAAUAAUCAAAUUAAUUUAAAAAAAUUAUCUAUUCAUGGAUUCAAAGAAUAAUUUUUAUAAAUAUUAUUAACAUUAUGUGAUAAAAGAGAAUCAUAUUAACUUGAAAAAUUGUCAAUUGAAAAUUGUGAAGAUAAAUUAACAUCAGAUUAAUCUAAUAAAUUUUUAAAUUAUUUUAUUAAAGGUAAAGUAUUUCCAAUAAAAUCUUUAACAAUAUCAAAAGGAAUUAUAUUUGAAUAAAUAAAAUAAUUUGAAAUUCAAUAAGAUAAUAUAUGUAAAAUAGAGAAAUUAAAAAUAUCAGUAGAUGAUAAGGGUAGAAAUCAUAUGUCAACAAUUUAUAAGAUAUUUACUCUACUUUUUAUUCAAGAAAAUUAAUUAGAAUAUUUAGAAAUUACAACACCUAAUGCAGAUAGUAUAUUUUAACAUAUAGUUGAAAUAUGUAAAGUAUAAAAAUUAAAACUUAAAAGUUUUAUCAUAAAUGGUGAAUUGAGUGUUGAUAUGGAAUUUUUCUAUUUUAUUUAGAAAUCAGUUGAAACUUUGAAACUUUUAAAGAUAUUUAAAAUAAUAUAUCUAAAAUAGAAUGAUUUGAAUUAUUAAUUGCAUUAAAUAUUUAUGACACCAAAAUAAGGAAGUAAAUUGGAACUUAAUAAAAUAGAAUAUGAAGAUACUUAUUUUGUUUAUUAUAAUUUAAUUUUUAAUGAAAUGUUUGGAUUUACAGAUCUAAUUUUAAAAGAUGCUAUUAGUUUUGCUAAUUUAUAACUUAAUUAUUCAAUUUAUAAAUUUAGAUAUUUAAAAUUAGAUAUGGGAAUUGAAUAUAAUUCAAAAAUUUAAUUAGAUGUUGAUGCUUUAACAUUAAUUUCAUCUAAAAUAAUUUAUAAUGAAGAUAGUAUUUUAGAGGAAUUAGUAUUAAUGAAUUGUGAUCUAAAAAUACCUGCUAUAAAAGCUAUUGUAAAUUCAGCUUAAAAAUUGAGAGAUAGAAUAACAUAUACUUGGCGUUAGAAAUCAUUUUAUUUGACAUUAAAAAGGAUUUGUAUUCUUCAUUCAUUCCAUAUUGGAUAGGAAGGAAUGGAUUUAUUAUUUAAUAAUUUAAUUUAUUAUGAAUAUAUAAAUAUAGAAAGAAUAGAAUUAUAAGCAAUAGAAUUAGAUGAUAGAAUAGUUACUGAUAUGAUUAAGUAUGCAAUAGAUUGGAUGCAUUUUCAAAAGAGAAAUUAAAGAUAAUUUACUAGAAUAUUUCCUCUUCGUUAUUUGGAUAUUGGAAAAAAUGAAUUAUUUUAAGAUAAAGCAGUUUGGUAAAAAUUUUUAAGAACUUUUGUUUUUAGUGAUAAAGCACCUUAUUUAGAAAUAUUAAAUCUUCAUUUUAUGGCUCUUAAUGAUGGAAUAGCAAAUAAUAUCUCACAUAAUGCAUUAAAAUAUUUAAAUUCUAAAUCAAGUGAUUUUAAAUUCCCUUUAAAAAGAUUAAAUUUUUCUAAGAAUAAUUUCUUAACAGAAAUAGGAUGGAAAGAUAUCUUUAAUAAUUUUAUUUUUCAUCCUAAGGUUUUUUUAAUAGAAUUAAAUAUGACAAGUACUUAAUUAGAUUCUGAAGAAAAAUUAAAUUCAAUAAUGAAUGCUGCUAAAAAAAGAGCAGCUAUCUCUAAAAAUAAUUUACUUCCAUUACAUACAUUGUUAUGUUACAAUGUUACUCUAAAAACUAUGAUAGCUUAAUAUUUGUCUCAAAAAUCAUAAUUAUAUUAAGCUCCUGAUGAUUUACCAAUUAAAAUUGAUUAUAAAUGUUGGAAAUAAGGUAUCUUUGAUGAAAUUCCAAUUAAUUUAGGAGAUCAAAUAGAAAUCUUAAAUUCAUUAAUAUAUAAUACAAAUGAAUUAAUUAUACCAAGUCAUAUAGAUUGUUCAGAGAAUUUAAAAUUCUCUUAAUUUCAUUUAAACUUUUUAGAACAUUAUUUAUAAGUCUUAAAAUUAUCAAAUCCAGAAGAUACUCAUUUAAUUAUUAAUUUAGCUACAUUAGAUUAAUUCUCAAAUUUAUUUAGAUAUACAAAUGAGAAACCAGCAAAACCAUAUCCUUAUUAUAUGAUAUUUUAAAGAGAAACAUAUAUAUUUCUUAGUUAAAAAGAAAAUAAAAUAAAAAAAAUUAGUUUGAUUUAAGCAGAUUCUUAAUCUUUAGAAAAAUUACAUUAAUUUGAUGUUCUUUAAAUUUGGGAAAAUAUUUAAUUAUAUUAAUGUCAAAUAGAUUAAAUAUUGAUGGAAUAUACAUUAAAUGAUGAUCUUGUAGAAAAGAUGUUAUAAAAAGGAUAUACAGAGAGAGAUUUUAUUUCAUUGUGUAGAUUGAUACCUCCAUCAAAGAUUAGAAUUUAAGGAACACUCAGUCUAUAAGCAAUAAAAGGAUUGUAUUCUAUAUUAUAUGAUACAUAUUACUUUUAAUAUUCAGUUGUUGAUUAUAAAUUUGAUGAUUUUUUGAAUAUUGGUAUUGGAUAUGGAUUAAGAGAAACGGCAUAUAGAGAAGUAUAAGGAAAUUAUUGGUCAAAUUUGAUUAGAAUGACUAAAUACAACUUUUAUAAUACUUUUGUAAAACCUACAUAAAAAUAUGUUUUUGAUGAAUCUGUUAAAAAGUUGAAUAAUUAUUUAUCAACAAAAAAAUUAAAUUUAUUACUUUUAGUUUUAACAAACUUUUUAUUUUUUGGAGCUGCCAUAAUAGCACCAUUUUUCUUAAUUGAAUUUGCUACUUAAGAAAAUGAAUAAUAAUGUUAAGUAACAAAAGGAUAUUUAUAAUAUUAUUGUUAUGCUGGAUUUGCAAUAAUAUCUGCUUUGGUUGAAGGAUAUUUAUAUUUCUCGAUUUCAGAUGUAAUUCCAGAAUAUGUUACAGCUUUAGAACAUGCAGUAUAAUUUAAUGAAUCAGAAAUUGAGAUUACUGAAUACAAACUAAAAUCAAGUGCUUUAGAUACAAAUAUUAUUUAAAUUAAUGAUAGAUAAUAGGAAUAAUUUAAAGAAAAGAGAAAGUCUAAGAUAGAGUUAUCAAUUGAAUAAUUUAUCUCUCGUAUAUAAAGUGCAGGAUAAUCUAGAUUUGCAGCAAUAAUUAAUCGAAUUAUACAAUUUUUUGUGUCUUAAUUAUUUAAAUUUGAUCUUUUUGGUGAUGUGACAUUUAUUUUAGUACUUUAGAAUUGUAAUUACAAUGAAUUAUUCUAUUUAACUAUAGCAAUAACUGCUGCUACUUCAGGAGUUCAUUUUUUAUAUUUCAUAUAUUUAAUCUUUAAAAGAAUAACCAAAUAAAAUAGAUAAACACAAUAAUUAUCAUCAUAAUAUAUUAAUGAUUUUUAUACAAUUGGAUUUUAAGGAAGAAAUGCAGCCUUAUCAAACUUAUUAGAUUCUAUUGCACCAUAUAAUGUUUCAGUAAUACCAAAUAAUAAAUUUACUAGAGCUAUAGUACCAAAUCAAGCUGGUAAAUCAAUGAGUAAUUUAGUUAAAGUAAAAUAUAUAUUUUAAUAUUAAAGGGAUAUUUUUUAUAAUUUAUAUUUGAAGAUUUACCUUAAAUUGUAAUUUAAACUUAUUUUACAGUAAGUUAAGCUGUGAAAUUUGAAGGUGAAUUAGAAAUUUUAACUUAUUGUAGAAUAGCAAUAUCAUUUUUAACAGUUGUUACAUCAUUUUUAAAGUAUAUCAUAAUUAUUUAGAUAUAGAUUUAUGUCUAUUAGACCUACUAUUUUAGUACAAGAUGAUUUUGACAAAUUAAGUGAUAGAAAGAAACAGAACUAUAAAGUUGAAAGGAAGGAUUUAUUACAAUAAGAAAGUUGGCAAUUAAAGAAAUAUGCAUAGUAUUGUUCGAAAAAAGAUAAUGAUUAAUAAAGAUAGAGUUUAGAUGAAACUUAACCUUUAAGAUUUUAAUCAUCUUGA